UAAGCUAUACCUCAGUGAUCAGCUGAUUGAGCGUGAAACGUUUCAUUGCACACAUUUACGAGGAUUUAUGGCUUUUCAUUAUGCUGGACUUUUCAAAACUUUUCUCAAUAGGUGUGGAAGCUUCAACAAUGUUUGUAAGAGACAUGUUUUCAAAGGCCCCCUCCACCUAUCCAAUGAGGUGAAGGCUGCCCUGCAUGAUGGCAAGCCACUGGUUGCCUUGGAAACCACCAUAGUUACCCAUGGAAUGCCCCACCCGCACAACCUCAGUACAGCUUUAGAAGUGGAAGAUAUUGUCAGACAGCAUGGAGUCAUACCAGCGACCAUUGGCAUUAUACAAGGAAAAGUCCACAUAGGUUUAUCAUCCAGACAGUUGGAAUAUCUGGCUGACCCAGUUACUGAGGCCGUCAAAACAUCCCGCCGGGAUCUGGCAUAUGUUCUUUCAAAGGGUUUGAAUGGGGGCACAACAGUCUCGGGGACCAUGGUGCUGGCACACAUGGCCGGGAUCCCGCUAUUUGUUACUGGGGGUAUUGGAGGCGUGCACAGAGGGGCGGCAUCAAGUAUGGACAUCAGUGCUGAUCUGACAGAAUUAGGUCGGACACCUGUCACUGUGGUCUCAGCUGGGGUCAAGUCAAUACUGGACAUUGAGAGGACAUUGGAAUACCUUGAAACCCAGGGCGUUUGUGUCUCCACAUAUGGAGAGUCCAGGGAUUUUCCAGCAUUUUUUUCCUGUCACAGUGGGCACCAGGCCCCGUAUAAUGUUACCUCACCUCUUCAAGCAGCGAGUCUCAUUGCGGCCCAGGAGAGCCUUGGUCUACAGUCAGGAAACCUGAUAGCAGUGCCCAUACCAGAACAGUAUGAUACGUUGGGACAGGAGAUUGAGGGGGUUAUACAGGGUGUGGUCCAUGAAGCACGCAACAAGAACAUUCAGGGCAAAGAGGUGACACCUUUCAUCUUGAAGAGGGUCAAUGAAUUAACAAGAGGGAACUCCCUUAAAGCUAAUAUUCAUCUCAUACACAAUAAUGCCAAAGUUGGUGCACAGAUUGCUGUAGAGUUGAGCAAACUAAAGUCUGGCACCAGUAAAACAAAUGGCAGUCCAAGUUCAAGGGGGAGUAACUCUUUCAAUGAAGGAAAGCCUGAAGAUUUUGUUGUGACCAAUUACAGUGAGCCAACAAAGGCUUCUGACAAGUUGCAGGCCAAGAAAAGAGUAACUGUCGUUGGAGGGUCUAUAGUUGACUUCACAGCCAGACUUGGAACACAAGAUGUUCAGAGCAAUGGAGGCACAUAUCCAGGAACGGUAAAGCAGUCAUUUGGGGGAGUGGGAAGAAACUUGGCAGAUGGCUUGUCUAGACUGGGUGUUGACACGCUCUUCAUCUCUGCUGUAGGGAAUGACUCACACACGGCUACCUUUGAGUCACACUGUAAACAUAUGAACCUAUCUGGUGUAUUGCGUUUGGAGGACCAGAGAACAGCUACAUACUGGGCUGUGCUCAAAAGCAACGGGGAAGUUAUAUUUGGUAUCGGGGAUAUGGAUAUACAUCAACAGAUCUCCCCACGCUAUAUAUAUGGGUUCGAGGAGCAGUUAGCUGGCUCAGACAUUGUGUGUGUGGACGGGAACAUCACUGUGGAGGCCAUACAGACUGUGUGCAGUAUCUGUAAACAGAACGGGGUACCAGUAUUAUAUGAGCCCGCAGAUUUAUCGAAGGCUAUGAAGCCAUUUGAGACUGAUGCAUUUGAAGCGGUUGUCUACACAACACCUAAUCUAAAUGAACUACGAACGAUGGCCGCGCAUGUGUCGGGAAAACAACCAUCAUCAACUGUCAUAGACAGUGCAGAUGACAUGGAUUUGAAUGCUGUAAUUGAGGAGACAUUGUCCUUGCUGACUCCGGUAUCCAAGCACAUUCCUGUUACCAUGGUGACAGUUGGAAGGCACGGUGCUAUGCUCUGUUACCAUGGCGACCAAUCCAGUCACAUGCCAAUGAGAGGGGAUAAUUUUGUGAGGGAUGGCUCAGUGAUGGUGGAGCAUUACCCUGUGAUACAGAGAGGGGAGGCAGGCAGCAACAUAGUCAGUGUGUCAGGAGCUGGCGACUGCUUGUUAUCUGCUUUCCUUGCGGGUGUCUUAUCCGGGCAAGACACCCCGACCUGCAUGACCAGCGGCCUUCUAGGGGCUCGUCUCUCCCUGCAGUCUAGUCGGGCCGUGCCUGACACACUCACUGCUCAAAAUGUCAGGGUCGAAAACCCCAUUAAACCAAGCGUGUUCUACUUGUAGUAUUCAAACCUGACUGUCCACAAUAUAUUGAAGAAAAUUGAUGUAACACAGGGAGUGUACUGCUAGUAAUGUAUGUCAUUGACUGCCGACUGUGAUGGCGAGGAAACAUCAAUUGCACCGCUGUGGUAUCAGUUUUUACUGGUGGUGGGAUUCAUUGAAAGUUUUACAAUGUUUCAUGUAUUAGGAUACUGUUUAUAGUCCUUGAACCAGCACAGUCGUUUGAAGGACUAUUGCUUUGGUGUCAUAUGACCUGUAAAACAUUUAGUGACAUUUAACCUAUAAGUUUUUAUUAUUUCUUUAGAUUUAUCAGAGGGGUCACUCCAACCAACGAUCUAGCUUAAAAUAACUAUGAAUUACUGCAGUUAAACAAUGUUAAAAUAUAAACACUUUAUGGUUAAAUGUCACUUAUUUCUUACAGGUUAUGUGACACCAAAGCAGGACUUUAUUCCUUGCAAACAACUAUGUGAACGAAUGGAUUGAACAGACAGUUUUGCUCAUACUAAUUGAAACUGUGUUUUUGACUAUUUGUGUAAUAUUUUUAUGUUGGUUUAUAGUACCGGUAUUAUGAAAAAAUGUGAUAUUAUCAUGUCAUCUUUGAAAACCAUUGAGUAAUUUAAUUUUGGUUGAAUUUAUUACAUUGAUUGUAAUGACAAAGCACAUAUGCUAAAAUAAUUUUACUCGAAUUCCCCUUUAUCACCAGUACAUGUAUUAAAUUGUUUAAUAUGAUUAUUAAAUCAAUAUUAUUCACUUUGUAUUUUUGUUGUAAUUAUAUGGUGAUACAUAACUAGCAGUUUUUGAUUUGUGAAAGUUUAUCAAUUUAAUAAUUAAAGACAUUUCCUUUUUACGAUAUAGUAUUACAUAUAAUUUAGAUAUUUUUUAUAUUUUAUGAUUUUUUUCUUGAAAGGGUUUUAUUCUUGUUGCUUUUUUUGCAAAAAAAGAUGAAUAAUUUGAUUAGGAUAAUUAGAAAUGUAAUGUUUACAAGAAACGUACAGAAAUAAAUUGUACUUGUCAUCAAAAUUUAA